AUGCCGUCGACAAUAAGUAAAUUCGAACAAUUACCCAACGAAAUUUUAUACGAUAUCUUUGAUUACUUAAAUAGUAACGAGAUUUACAAUAGUUUUUAUUAUUUAAAUAAACGUUUUCAACUGCUCCUUAACAAUCGUUAUCUCCAUUUCAAAUGUUCAACUCUUAUUCGAUUGGAUGAUUUAUUUGAUUAUAUUAUUCCAUACAUAAAUACAAAACAAAUUAAAGCAUUAACAAUAGAAGAUGGAAAUCAAACAUAUUUUCCAUCACAAUCUGAUUUGAUGAAAUGGUUUUUUACUGAUAUUAGUACAACAAUUCAAACAUAUGACAGCAUUAAUCGAUUAAAUCUUACAAAAAUAUUUCAUUUAACAAAUUUAAAAUAUUUAUCAUUGUUUAGCAAAAAUGAUAUAAUACCAAAUUUUGGUGAACUUCAACUACAAUCAUAUCAGCAAUCGUCAUCAAUCGAAUAUUUAACAAUCAAACAUAGUGGCUUUUACUUCAGUGAAUUGGGAUCAUUAUUUACCUAUAUGCCUAAACUAAAAUAUUUAGAUCUAAAUUUAAUUAAACCUUACGAAGAGGCUACUCUGUUCCCAUCUUUUAUGAUAUCACAAGAUUUAAAAGAAAUUAAAUUAAGUUUCGAUCAUAAUGAUAUUUCAAGUAAGAAGAUUAUUUCUCUAUUAAUACAAGUAACAAAAUUAGAAAGAUUAACAGUUAAUAUUCGAUAUUUUUAUAAUAUUGAUGAAAUAUUAAUAAAAACACUAUUUUGUAUAUCGCUACCAUUACUAAAAUCAUGUCGAAUUUCAUUCAUUUCCUCAUGGCCUUCUCACAACUUCUGUAACUUCCGUCUGAUGUUUUUCGAAAUAUGGCCAAAAUAUGUAAGUCGGUUUCUCAUACUUUUUUGUUAUACUGACCACUCGUUUGACAGAUAGUCAACUAAGAUCAUAAAUGAUAAGAAAAAUGUCUGUGUUCGUCUAAAACAUAACAGACACGUAAUGAAGAAAAAAAUUGCUAACAAAUGCUAACAAGGAAAGGACACCAACUGUCUAAUCGCUUUUAGGCAAAGACUCACUGGACAAUAGGUAAUCGGUUGUACUGAAUCCAAAAAUGACAUUGGUUUUUGCGCUCAGUAGAAUGACAACGGUUCGUAAGCACUCAGUAGAAGUCGCUUAAGAUGCACGGUUAGCAAUAAGACUUUGAAAAAGAUAGAUGCACAGUGGGCAACUAAGCGGACAUUAGGCCAAAAAGUCGAUUUCGAGUGUUUUAAAAAAUAAAUAGUCCAAAAUGUAGCCCUUUAAAUUCUCUAUCCAAUGGUGUAUAAAUGUCUAUUGUGA